CACAAACAAUUUAAAGGGCAAAGAAAGGAGGGGGAGCUACUGGGGGAAAGGCUCAGUCACAUUUCUAAGACACCUGAAAACGUGCUUGCUGUGUGUGUCAGUGAUGCUUGUGCUGGUCUCAAACUAGUUGCUCAGAUCUGCCUUGAGAAUAAUGAUGAUGCCCGGACAUCCGCUCUCUUCACCAUAAUAACACAGUUUAAGGACAGAUUUCAGAGAGUAAGGAUCGGCACAGUGCCCUGCUUAUACCUGAACAGCAUCUGACUUUCUGACUUUUAUGUUUGAGUUUUACGUUGAGUUUUCGGGAUUUGAAACACUCUGAACAUCCUUCAAACCAUCUGCUUUUCCUCAAGAAACAUCGGGAGCGCGCAUUAUGGACAGUCCAGGUGGAAGUGUGAUCCUCUAUGCAGGAUCGACAGGAAGUGCCAGCCCCAGUCCAGGAAGUCCAUCCAGCGGCUAUCAGACCCAAUCUCCAUCCUCUCAGCCCUCAUCUCCAGAGGAGGUGUCCUUCACUGAGCUCGGAGCCCUUAAAAAGCAUUCAUCUGGAGGCAAUGGGGGAAACAAAUUGGUCUUCCAGUUUCCAGAAGUAAGCAGUGCUAACACUGUCAAUGCGGUUACGCCAACCGUAACUUCAUCAGGACAAAACUCCUACUCACACCCGAUGGUUGGCAGACGACCUACUGGGUUCACGGGCACAUUUACUAAAACAGGAGGUAUGGUGUUGCUUUGCAAAGUAUGCGGGGAUAUUGCAUCAGGAUUUCACUAUGGUGUCCACGCAUGUGAGGGAUGCAAGGGCUUCUUCCGCCGCAGCAUCCAGCAGAACAUCCACUAUAAGAUGUGUGUGAAGAACGAAAACUGUCUGAUCAUGAGGAUGAACCGCAAUCGCUGCCAGCACUGUCGCUUUAAGAAGUGCCUCUCCGUCGGCAUGUCCAGAGAUGCUGUGCGAUUUGGACGCAUUCCGAAGCGUGAGAAGCAGCGGCUGCUGGAUGAAAUGCAGAGUUACAUGAACAGCCUUAAUGAGUCAGCAUCUAUGGACAUCGGCUGUACAACACCCACCGAGACCCCCGGCAGCCCUGAAGACGGCCAAUCAGAAGAGUCCAUCGGCGUGAUCUCGCAAGCGUAUCGCAGCAUCUUCGUGAACGGCGAAAAGUUGCAAGUGAAAGUUGACGAAGAAAACAACGUCAAUAAUAACAACAAUCCAUCUUCCUUCCGGCACAAUCCCAUGCAAGAUUCCGGCUACGCCCAGUCUCACCCUCAGCCGAAUAUCUCGCCCCAAGAACAUUCAGUCCAUUCCACUACAAGCUGCCUCGCCCAAUCCAGAUGUUCAGUCGCCAACCAAAACAACAAACCCACAUCUCAAGUUUUGGACAACGGUCACUAUAACUUCCCACAGUCCUCAAGUCCCAGCCAGGGAACAACACCAACUCAAAGCUAUCCCACUAAACACAACAGCUAUUCCACUCAGACUCAGUCCUGUCCUUGGAGACUGAGCCCUGGUGCUAAAGUUCUGGCCUGUCCUCUGAACGCAUGUCCCGUUUCCUCAGCCAGUCACUCCAGCCAGCAGGUCUGGGAGAGUUUCUCGCAGUGCUUCACUCCCGCUGUUAAGGAAGUGGUUGAAUUUGCCAAGAGCAUACCAGGGUUUCAGGCCCUGAGUCAACAUGAUCAGGUCAUGCUGCUGAAGGCGGGAACAUUUCAGGUUCUGAUGGUGAGAUUCUGCUCGCUGUUCAAUGCUAAGGAACGCACUGUAACAUUCCUGAACGGUCAAACGUACCCACUGGCAUACCUCCGAGUGCUGGGCAUGGGAAACCUCCUGGACGCCAUGUUUGAGUUCAGCGAGAAGCUGGGCGGCAUGGGUCUGGAGGCCGACGAGAUGGCCCUGUUCAUGGCUGUGGUGCUGGUUUCUGCAGAUCGCUCAGGUAUAUCAGACAUGGGGGCCGUGGAGCAGCUCCAGGAGGAUUUAAUAGGAGCUCUUCGCGCUCUCAUCACCCGCAGAAGGCCAGAAGACAGCUCGCUCUUCCCCAAACUCCUGCUGCGUCUGCCCGACCUGCGAACCCUCAACAACCAGCACUCCGAGAAGCUCCUCGCUUUCCACAUCGACCCCUGAACAACACACAGAGACGCAGAAAUCAGGGUGCUUUUCUUGUACAAACAAAGCCAUGCAGACUAAUUCAGGAGGAACGUCUGACUUUGACCAGCGCGUUGAUGAAAUCGGACAUUUUUUAUGAAGUGGAUUUAUGAAGAAACAUGGAGCUGAUGCUGGACAUUUAGACUCAUCUUUCAGACAUUUGUGAAGAGAUUAUCGGGACAUUUCUGGGACGUUAUAAAUAUUGUUCUCACUCCAGAUGCUAUGCAUUAUCAUUAUUGUUCAACACAUUGUCAGACACAGUUGAAGUCAAAGUUAUCCGCCCUCCUGUGUAUUUAUUUUCCUCUUUCAAAUAUUUCCCAAAUGAUUU